AUGGCUGAUACCUGCUGCUCCGGGACCUGUGUUCCAGCUGUGUCCACCAGGUCCAUCUGCUCCAGCGACAGGAGCUAUGGCAGCCGGGUCUGCAUGCCCAGUGCUUGUACUGGUCCCUCCUGGGAGGUGGACAACUGUCCGGAGAGCUACUGCGAACCCCCAUGCUGCACCUCCUCCUGCUGCCAGCCCACCUGCUGCCAGUCCUCCUGCUGUGCUCCAGCUUCCUGCCUGACCCUCAUCUGCAGUCCUGUGAGCUGUGGGGCCAGCUCCUGCCAAUCAGUCUGCACCAGCUCCUGUGGGCCCUCCUGCUGCCAGCCUGCGUGCUGCACAUCCUCCCCCUGCUGUGUGCCCAUCUGUUGCAAGCCCAUGUGCUGUACACCUGUCUGCUGCACACCUGCUCCCUGCUGUGUGCCCAUCUGUUGUGUGCCUGUCUGCUGUGGGACCGGCCCCUGCUCAUCCUCAUGCUGCCAGCCCUCUCCCUGUGCCCCCUCCUGCUGCAAACCCUCCUCCUGCAUGUCCCUCAUCUGCCAACCCGUGUGCAAGCCCGCCUGCUGUGCCCCUGCCUCCUCCUCCAUGUCCCUGCUCUGCCGCCCUGCAUGUCCCCGCCCAGCCUGCUGUGGCACCUCGUCCUGCCGGGACUCUUGCUGCUGA